CUAUAAUCUAUAUAAGAAAGCGGAGACAUCCGAACGACCUGCACAAUUGGGGAAAUAAUCGCAAUGGCCAACACAGUCGAAGUAUCAAGGGCCUCGGAGCUCGACGAGCAAACCGGAGGAUGGACACAAGGCAUGGUUCGGAAAGGCGCGAUUGUCGACAAAUCGGAUAAGAUCUGCUCUCUAGUGAUGGAGGCGCAGGCCCAUUCCUGCUCUGCAGUGCACCACCACGGCAACCAGGACACUGUUGUGUAUGCCGCGCAUGGCUACGGUAGCAUUGUCUUUGAUGGAGGAAAGCGGCGAGAAGACCUUUCGCCCGGUGAUUUCGCUCUUAUUCCUGCGUAUGCUGAACAUCAGGAAGUCAAUGAGUCCGGCGCAGAGGUGAAAUGGAUUAUCACACGGACUGGACGAAAGCCGGUAACUGUCAACUUGGAAGGAUGGGGGGAGAGUGCCAAAUAAAGGAGUUGGAUUUUGGGUGUAUCCUAGGGAGAGUUUCUGACACAUAAGUACAUUGAGGUAUACAUGGAUAUCAUUUGUGCUGAGCUACUAGAUUUACCUAUACAUAUCGAUAUUGUAAACUGUACUAAUACUCGCUGAUGGAUCAUUUGUUAUGUUACAAAUAAAUAAGAUUUGUAGAA